AGUAACUCGAGUACAAGAUGUCGUGGAUGUCAGCACGGACCAAAUGUUUACCACUCCUAACAGGCACGAGCUGGGCUGUGGCAAAUCCUUCAGCCAUGCAGACAAUAUGCUAGGACCCGGACAAUUGGUCCAACAAAAGAAGAUCAAAACUUAUUCCCAUAUAGUUCUUCCAAAGAUACCAAUUAAUUCCAAAAACAAUUGCUCAAAAACCAAAUGCGUCUCUGGAUCCAAGGAGCCGCCAGAAGACGAUAACGCCUCGAAUGAACCGAAUGAAAACGAUGGCGACGCAGAGAAAGAGAGCGUAAAAAUCGAACAUUUAAAGAAAAUUUCGCCUCAAAGCAGCGACAGCGACCUGGGGAGAUUUUUACCACCGCGCUUAGAGUCCGUCGCCGAAGAACCCCAGAAGAGAUAUACAGGAAGUGGAGGCUCGCGUCGCAUUUUCCCUCCAAUUCACAUCCCAGUGGCGUCGGGGCGACUGUUCCUCACCAAAGAGCACACCGAAAUAGACAAAAACUUUAGACCUAGGCGGCAGAAACAAGACGGAGAUAAACACCGACAAGCCUGCGUACAACUGGACCACUUGGGGCCUGGGGACAUCAUUGGUCUAGAACAAAUGCGUAAACCAAAAUCUUGGGAGCCGGUUAUAAAAGGAUAUUGUCUGGUAAAUAUAAGUGACUUAGUGUCCACGGUUUAA